AUGAAUGAUUCCAUUCUAUUAAUUAAUAAGAAUAUAAAUAUUAAUCAACUUAAUUUAAGAACAUGGAAAGAAAAAAGAGAUGAUUGGAUUGUUGUUUCUAUAUGGCUUGCAAUGUUAUCAUAUGCAUUAAUAUCAAAUAUUAUUAUAAUUUUUGGUAUACUAAGAAGUAAUACUAUGAGAGCAGCAACAAGUUAUUGGUUUAUUAUAUCACUAGCCAUAUGUGAUAUAGUUAUGAUUAUUAUAAGUUUAGCACAUUUAAUUCCUGCUACUGCAUUCCAUGAAUCAUUUACACAAGUAGAUUCAUUAAGAAAUAUAGUAAUGCUUUCACUUUAUGAUCUCUUUUGGUAUACAGCUGUUCUUCAAUUAGGAUUAAUGGCUUUUAAUAGAUUUAUUAGUAUUGUUUAUCCAAUGGAAUAUAAGUGUAUAUUUUCAAGAAAAAAGACAAAAUGGUUUAUAGCUAUCAUGUAUAUUCUUGGUGGAAUUGUUUCACUUCCAACAUUACAUCCAUGUUGUAAUAUUGUAUGGGAUUCUGAAUUAUAUAUUACACGCUAUUUAGCUGAUUUUUCAUGGCAUACAUAUGUCGAUAUGACUGUUAAUAGUUUUUCAUUACUUUUAAUGGUUAUUUCAUAUGCAAUAAUUAUUUAUAAAGUUCGAGAAAGUAGUAAAGCAAUGGCUAAAUAUCAAUUAACUAUUAGAACAAGGCUUCUUUUCCAAAAACAAUCUACAGAUAUUGAAAGUACAAAAUAUAAUAGUAGGACAAUGUCAAUGCUUCCACCAAGAGGACAAGUAUCAAAGAAGGAAAUGAGAUUAUUUAUUCAGUUUUUUGUUGUAUCAUUAGUAUUUUUAAUAACAUGGACAACAUGGCAAUGGUUACCAAAUAUUUCUGAUUCAAAAUGGGCAUAUUUUGUAAUGACAUCAUUAUUUUUUAUAAAUAAUUCCGUCAAUCCAACUGUUUAUAUAAUAUUUAAUACACAAUUACGUAGAGAAUUAUGUUAUAUGUUUUGUAAGAACAAAACAAUUAAAAAUGGACAAUCAGGAAAAUUAAGAAAUAAAAAUCCUGCUGUAAAAAUGCUUAAUUAUUUGGGAAAUCAACAUAAAAAUGAUCCAAGUUCAACAGAUGGUGAUAUGGUUAAUUCAAAUAGUGUUGUUUGCGGGCGCAAAUUAUCAUUGACUGACAAUAAUAAACCUGAAGAUGUUUAA